AUGCAUACUCCAUAAGACUAAUUACGAAAAGCUUUAAAGAGAUACAAUAAUGGGGACAAGUAAAACAAUAACCGAAAUUGCCGAUCACAAUAGCUACAAAUGCCGCAAGUACCAAAAGGAAUGUUAAGUAUGAACAGUACUCAAAAAUCAGAAAGAAAUGCCAAAUUGAGUGACACAGAUACAACUGAUGUGACCCAUUACAAUUUGAAUUUUUCAUAGCCCAUUCAGUCUUGUUACUAAGUGGAACACUUAGAUCUCAAUUUCUUUAAAAUUCAACCCUGCAAAAUUCCUGGAAAUCACAGUCACAAGCAUUGCCCCUUUUAUCACAAUGCUAAGGAUCGAAAAAGAGUUAAUGUCUAGUAUUCAGCUGAAUUAUGUACAUAUAUUGAAAGUAAUCAACAAUGUCCAUAUGCAGACAAUUGUAAUAAAGCUCACAAUAGAGUGGAGUAACUAUAUAGAGCAGAUAAUUACAAGACAAAAUUCUGUUCUUACUAUCCUCACAAUAUUUCUUAAUGUGAUUAUGGAAAAUUUUGCUCUUUCGCACAUUCUGAAACAGAUAUUGUUAUAGAAUUAAUCCAUAACCUUGAAUAUGACGAUGAUUUCUUUAUGUUCUAUUACAAAACAGUUUGGUGUCCCUUCAACCUUACAUAGCAUGAUAAAGCACUCUGUGUUUACGCUCAUAAUUGGCAAGACUUUAGAAGGAAACCUUAAAUUUAUUAAUAUCAUCCAAUUCCAUGUCCAAGUUGGAACACAGCUGAAUACAUUUUAGAAUACUACAAUGGAUGCUAAGAUGGGUUUAAUUGUGGGAAAUGUCAUGGAUGGAAAGAACUAGAAUAUCAUCCGAUGUUGUUUAGAACAAAAUAAUGUAUAAAUUAAAACUGUUCAAAAACUGAUUGUUCAUUUUAUCAUAAUAACUAAGAAAAAAGAUAGAUUGACCAAUUAUCAUAAUUUAGAGUAUUUAAGAUAGUUCCUAGAAAUCGAAUAGUUUAAAACACUUUUAAAGUGAGAGAUCACAGUUUGUUGACUUCACAAAGAAAUGGUAGUAGCACACCUAGUUACUAAAAAUUAUGUGGUAGUGAUUAACAUUGGUUGGGACACAACUUACAAAAUAGUUUUUAGUAUGAUCAGGAUUCUGAUGAGGGUAAAUAAAAUGUCAAAGGAUAACACUAUUAGACGACCUUAAUAUCAAUUUAAGAAAGAACAGAUUCAGAUGAAUUGAAGGAUUUGAAGGAUCUAAUGAGAAAGAAAUCGAAUUCAGUGGUAGAUGAAAAAUAAAAUAAUGAUGACAAUGAACAUGUUAGAACAGUUUUGAAAAUGAUCGACAUGGAUCAAUGA